GUCAUUUCCGGCUGCGUCUCAAUACCGCAGCGAUAAGCAUCGCUAAGAUGUAAAUGGAGAGGAGAGAUAAAAGUCUGACAACACGGUCACUGCAGACUCCCGCGGCAGCACAAAACGCCUUUUUCCUCCUCAUCACUUAUAAUCAGUCGUUUAGUGAUAAAAACAGAGGCUUUUUCAAACUGUGUCAGCUGGUUUUUUUUUUAGCGAAUAAGAACAUGACCGGGGAGGUUCGCGGGGCCCGUGGCCGAAGAAGGAGCGUGUUGCUCGGCCUGGUUCGCUCAGGCCUCCGCCGGCCACAAUGGCGGACUUUUAUCCUCAUUUCUGCUGCUGUUGGGGGACUCGUUGGACUGUCCGCAGCCGCCGAGGCCAAAGAGUGCGACAAGCCGUGUGUGAACGGCCGGUGCGACCCGGCUAGCGGCAGCUGCGUGUGUGAGCCGGGCUGGUUAGAGGAGCAGUGCCAACACUGCGGCGGCCGCUUCAGGCUAACUGGACCUUCUGGAUACCUGACAGAUGGACCAGGGAACUACAAACACAAAACCAAGUGCACGUGGCUCAUAGAGGGGCAGUCAAACUCUAUACUGAGGCUGCGCUUCGAGCAUUUUGCCACCGAGUGCAGCUGGGAUCACCUAUAUGUAUACGACGGAGACUCGAUAUACUCUCCUCUGCUGGCUGCAUUCAGUGGUCUGAUCGUUCCCGAGCACUACAGCAAUGAAACCGUUCCAGAGGUCGUGGCCGAAUCGGGUUACGCGCUCCUCCACUUCUUCAGCGAUGCAGCCUACAACCUCACAGGUUUCAAUAUCUCCUACAGGAUAAAUAUGUGUCCUAAUAACUGCUCAGGUCGCGGUGUGUGUCGUCUGGCUAACUCCAGUGACGUGGUGCAGUGUGAGUGUGAGGAGGGCUGGAAAGGCGACGCAUGUGAUGUCCCAUACUGUGCCUCAGACUGUGGCUACCCCCUGCAGGGCCGCUGCCAAAUCAAAGACAAACGCUGCCUAUGCAACCCUGGCUGGCAAGGCCCUGACUGUUCAGUGUCCGUACCUGCUAAUGUUUCCUUCUGGACACACGAGGAGUUUAGAGGACACAGCCUGGCACGGGCAUCCCAUAAGGCUGUAGUGCAUGAAGAUAUCAUGUGGGUGAUCGGUGGUCACGUGUUCAACUACACAAAGUACCAGAUGGUGAUAGCAUUCAAUCUCUCCUCUCAGAGCUGGAUGUCUCUGAAUCGUUCAGCCAACUCUGUUACUGCACGCUAUGGUCAUUCACUGGUUGUGCAUGAGGAUAAUAUUUAUAUGUAUGGUGGGAAGAUUGAUUCCACGGGAAACGUGACAUCUGAGCUGUGGGUGUUUCACAUAAGGAAUCAGUCGUGGGAGCUGCUGAACCCACAAGCUAAAGAGCAGUAUGCAGUGGUGGGUCACUCUGCUCACCUUGUUCACCUCCAGCCUGACGGAUCAGAGGCAGUUAUGCUCGUCGUCUUCGGUCACUGCCCUCUGUAUGGAUACAUCAGCCAAGUGCAGCAGUACAACAUCGUGAGGAACAGGUGGAGUGUUUUGGACACAAGUGGAGCCCUGGUUCAUGGCGGCUAUGGCCACAGCAGCGUGUAUGACCCUCAGACACGUUCUAUCUACAUUCACGGUGGCUACAAGGCCUUCAACGCGACGAAGUACGGACUGGCUGGUGACCUGUACCGCUACAAUGUCGACAACAGCAUGUGGUCAAUUCUGAGGGACAGCGGGUCUUAUCGCUACCUCCACACAGCCGUGCUCGUAGGCGGGAACUUGUUAGUGUUUGGCGGAAACACCCACAAUGACACAUCCAUGAGUUACGGCGCCAAGUGCUUCUCCUCUGACUUCAUGGCCUACAACCUGGCAUGUGAUGAGUGGACUGUGCUGCCCAGACCUGAUCUUUACCAUGAUGUCAACCGCUUUGGACAUUCUGCUGUCUACGUCAAUGGGGUGAUGUAUGUAUACGGAGGCUUUAACAGCCUGAUGCUCAGCGAUAUGCUGAGGUUCACUCCUGCCAACUGUUCUGCCUACAAUGGAGCAGAAGACUGUGUGACAGCUGUGCCGGGUGUGCGGUGUUUGUGGAAUACUACAACCAGUACAUGCCUUCCUUGGGAGACAGGGAAACUGCAAGAUCAAGAUAUGUGCCUUCCCCGAGUGUAUGCAAACAGUGACAAGUGUGACCAGUACACUGACUGCUACAGUUGCACAGUUAACUCCAAUGGCUGUCAGUGGUGCUCUGAACGCUGUGUGCCCAUCCACAGCAACUGCACUGCUUCCCUGGGUGCAAUAACAGAGUACGAAGCGUGUCCUAAGGGUGUCCACUCUUAUAUGUGUAAUAAAAAGACCAGCUGUAAGAGUUGUGCUGCUGACCAGAACUGCCAGUGGGAAGCCAGGAACCAGGAAUGCAUCUCUCUUCCUGAGAAUAUCUGUGGGGAAAGCUGGCACCUGGUUGGGAACUCGUGUAUGAAGCUUAUUACGGCUAAGGACUCUUAUGACAACGCCAAGCUGGCCUGCCGCAGUCACAGCGCCGUGCUGGCUUCCCUAACCACCCAGAAAAAGGUGCAAUUUGUCCUGAAAGAGCUGCAGAGCAGAAGUGCACAUGUGAGUGAGGCUCUAAAUCAAUCCAAAUUAGUUACGCCGUGGGUCGGCCUGAGGAAGGUGAACGUGUCGUACUGGUGCUGGGAGGACAUGUCCCCGUUCACUAACACCACACUGCAGUGGUUGCCUGGGGAACCCAGUGAUGCUGGCUUUUGUGGCUACAUGGCAGAGCCCAACUUCAGCGGCCUGAAGGCAGCACCCUGCAUCAAUUCCUUUAACGGCAGCCUGUGUGAAAGAUCAGCCAACCACAGUGUGAAGCAGUGUCGGAUCCCCUGUGCUCUGCGCUCCUCCUGUAGCGAGUGUACAAGUGGAGGUGCAGAGUGCAUGUGGUGCAGUAAUAUGAGGCAGUGUGUCGACUCCAACGCUUAUGUUGCCUCCUUCCCCUUUGGUCAGUGCAUGGAAUGGUACACCAUGAACAGCUGCCCACCGGAAAAUUGCUCUGGAUAUCGGACAUGUUCACAGUGUUUAGAUCAACCUGGUUGUGGAUGGUGCACUGACCCCAGUAAUACAGGGCGGGGACAGUGUAUGGAGGGCUCGUACCGUGGACCAAUCCAAACCCUCCUCCAUGCCCCUUCAUCCUCAAGACCUUCCCUUGUACCAGCUCCUCAAGCUUUGUUGAAUGUGAGCUGGUGUCCCCACGAGAACAAGUACAACUGGUCCUUUAUCCAGUGUCCAGCAUGCCAGUGUAAUGGCCACAGUGCAUGUGUCAAUGAGAGUAUUUGUGAGAGAUGUGAAGAUCUCACCACUGGAAAGCACUGUGAGAGCUGCAUAUCCGGUUACUAUGGUGACCCGACCAAUGGGGGCAACUGUCAGCCUUGUAAGUGUAAUGGCCAUGCCAGCAUGUGUAAUUCAAACAAUGGCAAGUGUUUCUGCACCACCAAGGGCAUCAAAGGAGACCGGUGCCAUCAGUGUGAAGUGGAGAAUCGUUACCAGGGCAACCCUUUAAAAGGAACCUGUUAUUACACUCUGUUGAUAGAUUACCAGUUCACCUUCAGCCUGACUCAGGAGGACGACCGCUACUACACUGCUAUUAAUUUUGUAGCCACACCAGACGAGCAAAAUCGAGACCUGGACAUGAUCAUUAAUGCCUCCAAGAACUUUAACCUCAACAUCACUUGGGCAACCAGCUUUGCAGCUGGGACUCAGUCUGGAGAAGAGAUUCAUAUUGUCUCUUGCAGCAAUAUUAAAGAGUUCAAGGACAGUUUCUCCAAUGAAAAAUAUGAUUUUCGGAGUAACGUCAAUAUCACCUUCUUUGUUUACGUCAGCAACUUCACCUGGCCAAUCAAAAUACAGAUUGCAUUUUCCCAGCACAGUAACUUCAUGGAUCUAGUACAGUUCUUUGUCACAUUUUUCAGCUGUUUCCUGUCCCUUCUGUUGGUGGCAGCAGUUGUGUGGAAGAUCAAGCAGAGUUGCUGGGCAUCACGACGAAGAGAGCAACUCCUGCGAGAGAUGCAGCAGAUGGCCAGUCGGCCGUUCGCCACCAUCAACGUUGCCUUGGAGACAGAUGAGGAGCCGCCUGACCUGAUUGGUGGAAAUGUGAAGGCAGUGCCAAAGCCCAUAGCUUUGGAACCAUGUUUUGGGAAUAAAGCCGCAGUGCUGUCCAUCUUUAUCAGAUUACCCAGAGGCCCCGGAGGCAUCCCGACUCCAGGACAGUCAGGCCUGGCAGUAGCGAGUGCCCUGGUGGACGUGUCUCAGCAGUUGUGUGUGUGCUAUAAGGAGAAAUCUGGAGGGCUGCGCAGCCGUAAGCAGCAGCCAAUAGCACAGCCAGCUACAUGCAUCUGACCUUUACCCUUCAUCCCCGAUUCCUGAGCUUUGACCUCCGCCAGGACUAAGCCACGGACACAUGCAACCCAAAUGGCGGAGGUUGACAUACUCACAGGUGGAGCAAGAAUGCAGUCUGAUUGGAGAAUUGAGACUCCCAACAAACGAAAUGUACCCACAGAGUAGGAAAGCCGUAGUAGACGAGCGAGAGCUGCACAGACAGGGAGAGAGGGAGACUGAGACCGUCUCUCACCUCUAACUAAUUGACUGCAGAUAGGACUUCUUAUACAUAUCUGCUAUGUGAUGAUUUAACUUAUUACUGUUGUUACUUGUUUUAUUCCCUUUUUAAGCUCAGGAGGAGGUUCCCCUGCACUGCUGCACCAUGGUCUCCAUGGCAACAUACAGUCAGACCACCAAUAGCUAGCUGUUCUACAUUCACCUACCCAUAAACACUUGCCAAACAAGCAUUAACGGGGUCAUUCAUGAGGCAGCUUGUGGGUCUGUGUCCCUUAAAUCACGGCUCCGAAUGCAGUAGAAUCUCUGAGCUGUUCUGGGUUUUCGUAGGUGUUUAUGCAUGUUUUCAUGUCUGAGAUUGAAGUGGGUCAUUUUCAUAGUAAAACUACAUCAUGCCAUUUUUCUAUUUAUGAAAUUCAGCCAAUUUAUUCUCAUCUUUUCACUGUCAGUGGUCUCUGACUCAGAUCAUUGCUCUGUUUCCUGCUCAGGAGCAUUUUAUCAGUGUUUUAGACCCACACAAUCCCCCCCCCCCUCUCUCUGUCUGUUUUUGUCUUUUUUUGCCAACUCAACCCCACAUUAUGUAUCUCCUUUGAGACUCCAUGCCAUUUCUUAGACCCGCUCUAGCUUCCAAGGCAAACAGAACCUGAGGGAGCUGAGAGAGAGUAAAGGCAAAGGGCUACGAAUUAAAUCUGAGUAGCAGCUUUUAGAGUUUUUCAAAAUGCCAGAUGCCGUUUUAGACCUUUUUGUUUUCCACACACACACUUGGUGGUAAAAUGUACUUUCAGUUACAUUUGUAAUAUGUGUGCGUGUGUGUGAUUUCAUUUAUUUUAUUUGUUUUUGAUAUUAGGGCUUAAGAGCAGGAUUUAGUGUAGACAAAAUGGCAGAUGAGGAAUGAACAAAUAUGACAUUAGAAAUGUACAGCAGUGGCAAUCAUACAGCUUUUUAUUAGCUAUUUUGUUUGUGUGUAUUUGGUCCAAUUAUUUUUAAAUGAGUUGUGAGACGUCCUAUUCUCAGUUUAUUCCAUUUUAGUGGACCUCUUCACUGGUAAAGUUUUCUACAUGACCCGAGCAUGCUGAGAUCCAUGUUUAUGGAGAAGUUUAUUUUUUCAUGUAGAUUGGAAUUCCAACUAACCUCAUUUUUUUUUCCGCUACAGUAUGUUCUGAUGCGGACGUGUUUUGUGUCUUUUGUACUUCAUUACAGCCUAAUGAAUUAAGGUGCAGAAACCAUUUAUUUCUCACUUGUUUGUUCCAUGCAAGUGUCAUUUCAGUUAUUUCUCUGUGUAUUCCACUGUCAUGCACUGUAUAUAACAAGUUGCGACAAGGCUGCAGAAUGGAACCAAGAUUGGUGUUAUGUGUCUCCGAUUGCCUACUUGUCAAUUCCCCUGCAACGGCUGAGCCAUGAUUGACGCGACACAGACCUUUCACAAACAUUAUGGUCGAUCAGACCGCUGCAACCAAACAAGACCUUCCACAGCUAAAUCAUAAAGAACUGAGAAGUGCUAUGAUUGUGAUGAGAAACUGUCUUUCACGUUGAUGGAUUAAAUGUUAAGAUCCAUCGGAAUGAGGAAGAAGUACCAGUAGCUUGGGAGCUAUUGAGCACAGGACUGUCCAGUUCAAUAGCCGCUCAAUGGAAAGUGAGAUGGACGCGCAUUUCUGCAGUUUCAGGCAGAAUAUAAUAAGUUGUAAGAAACUAGGUAUGACGAGCUCUCACACUCACUUUUACACACACAGCAUAGAACACAGACAUGAAAGGAGCUAGGCUUUUUUUUUUUUUUAUUGGAAGCCAAUUAACCGAUUAUUUCAGGCCUCAAAGAGAUCUUUACCCAGUCCUACGCCUCAACCCCACCACCUGCUUUCUGUACAGUAAGUACUGUAGAUAUCAGUAUCUAUAGUUAAAUGUGUAUAAUGUAGCAGCAGAUGCACUCUUUUUUUGUAACAUAACGACAAACAUUAAUGUGAAUGCCAUUUUUGUUGAAUGACUUGCUUGGCAGGUGGAGUAACCCCAGCUUUUACCGUGGGAACUCACCGCAGCUUCUUUUUGUAUGUAAGAUAGUGAAUGUCACCAUGAACAAACCUUAAAUUAAGCACAAAUACGAUGUGUAAAAAAAACAGUAGAACAAAUCAUGGGAAUUAUAACUGAACUUGUAAUUAUAAAUGUACAUAAAGAAAGAAUUUUUGUCUAUAAUAAAUGCUGAAAUUAAAA